ACAUGGCGGUGGAUGAGCUCUAUGCUAAUAUCAGCUUGUCAGGCACAGCGUCGCGUUUCUGCUACACAGUCAGUGGCUUUCAGAGUCUGAGCAGGCUCUAUCCACAGCCAUGGCUGAGGGCGGAGAAGGGGAAGAUGAGAUUCAGUUCUUGAGAACUGAUGAUGAGGUGGUACUCCAAUGCGUGGCCACCAUCCAGAAAGAAAAUCGCAAGUUUUGCCUGUUGGCCGAGGGACUCGGAAAUCGUUUGUGUUACCUCGAACCCACGUCCGAGGCCAAGUAUGUUCCUCCAGACCUCUGUGUCUGCAACUUUGUCCUGGAGCAGUCGCUGUCGGUGCGCGCCCUGCAGGAGAUGCUCGCCAACACCGGGAAGGACAGUGAAGGGAGCCCUGGCCAUGAGCAUUGGGCAGCCCAGGGGGGCGGUCACCGGACCCUGCUGUACGGCCACGCCAUCCUGCUGCGCCACUCCUUCAGCAACAUGUACCUGACGUGUCUGAAGACGUCGAGGUCUCUGACGGACAAGUUGUCCUUCGACGUAGGACUGCACGAGGAUUCAAUAGGGGAGGCGUGUUGGUGGACAAUUCACCCCGCGUCCAAGCAGAGGUCCGAGGGAGAGAAGGUGCGCAUCGGUGACGACCUCAUCCUGGUCAGCGUGUCCACGGAGAGAUACCUGCAUCUCUCCAUCGGCAACGGCAACAUCCUGGUGGACGCCUCCUUCAUGCAGACCCUGUGGAACGUCCAGCCUACCUGCUCUGCCAGCAACGUGGCCGUAGGCUUCCUCAUCGGGGGUCACGUGAUGCGUCUGUGCCACGGUCAUGACGAGAGCCUGACCAUCCCCGGAGCGGAUAAUACUGAGUCUGAGCAGAGGAUAGUGAACUAUGAGGCGGGGAAGGGAGCUUCCAGGGCCCGCUCGCUCUGGAGGAUAGAGCCCCUCAGGAUCAGCUGGAGCGGGAGCCACAUCCGCUGGAACCAGUCCUUCCGCCUGCGGCACCUCUCCACGGGCCACUACCUGGCCCUGACCGAGGACCGCGGGCUGGUGCUGCAGGACCGCGAGAAGUGUGACACCAAGGCCACCGCCUUCUGCUUCAGGCCCUCCAAGGAAAAAGUAGACACAGGGCCGAAGAGGGACAUCGAGGGCAUGGGCGCGCCGGAGAUCAAGUACGGAGACUCUGUGUGCUUCGUCAUGCACGUGAACACGGGGCUGUGGCUGUCCUACCUGUCGCCCGACGCAAAGUCCUCCCGCCUAGGUCCCCUGAAGAGAAGGGCCUGCCUGCACUCAGAGGGCCACAUGGACGAUGGGCUGAUCCUGCAGCGCUGCCAGCAUGAGGAGUCCAGGGCGGCACGCAUCAUCCGCAACACCACGCGCCUCUUUAGAAACUUCAUCAAGGCUCUGGACAGCACGGCGACCGGGGAGGGGCCGGCGGUGGCGGACUACGUGGAGGAGGUGCUGCAGACGCUGGACGACCUCAUCGAGUACUUCAAGCAGCCCGACUCGGAGCUGGAGCACGAGGAGAAGCAGGGCCUGCUGCGCUCACUCAUCAAGCGCCAGGACCUCUUCAAGGAGGAGGGCAUGCUGGCCCUGCUGUCCAAAUGCAUCGACCGCCUCAACCUGUACGACAGCGCCGCGCACUUCGCCGAGGCCGCGGGCGAGCAGGCGGGCGAGGCCUGGAAGGACAUACUCAACCUCAUGUACGAGCUGCUCGCUUCUCUGAUCCGCGGGAACAGGACCAACUGCACCCAGUUCUCCCGCAAGUUGGACUGGCUGGUCAGCAAGCUGGAGAGGCUGGAGUCGUCUUCAGGCAUCCUGGAGGUCCUCCACUGCAUCCUGGUGGAGAGCCCCGAGGCGCUGAACAUCAUCCAGAGAGGGCACAUCAAGUCCAUCAUCUCCCUGCUUUAUAAACACGGCCGCAACCACAAGAUCCUGGACGUGCUGUGUUCCCUGUGUGUCUGUAACGGCGUGGCCGUCCGGGCCAAUCAGAAUCUGAUCUGUGACCACCUGCUGCCUAAAAGGGAUCUGCUCCUGCAGACGCGAUUGGUUAAUGACGUUCAAAGUAUGAGACCCAACAUCUUCCUGGGCGUGGCCGAGGGCUCGGCCCAGUACAAGAAGUGGUACUUUGAGCUGAUGAUCGACCAGGUGGACCAUUUUGUGACCGGCGAGCCCACCCACCUGCGGGUGGGCUGGGCCAACACGGCGGGCUACGCCCCCUACCCCGGGGGCGGCGAGGGCUGGGGGGGCAACGGCGCCGGGGACGACCUCUACUCCUACAGCUUCGACGGGCUCCACCUCUGGUCAGGUCGGAUCCCCAGGGCCGUGGCCUCCAUCAACCAGCACCUGCUGAACUCUGACGACGUGGUGAGCUGCUGCCUGGACCUGGGCGCCCCCAGCAUGUCCUUCAGGAUCAACGGCCAGCCCGUCCAGGGCAUGUUCGAGGAGUUCAACGUGGAGGGCUUCUUCUUCCCCGUCGUCAGCUUCUCCGCCGGCAUCAAAGUGCGUUUCCUGUUGGGCGGUCGCCACGGAGACUUCAAGUUCCUGCCGCCAGCCGGCUACUCGCCGUGCUACGAGGCACUGCUGCCCAAGGAGAAGAUGUACGUGGAGCCCGUGAAGGAGUACAAGAGGGACCACGAGGGGAUCCGCGACCUGCUGGGCACCACCCACUUCCUGUCCCAGGCCUCCUUCAUCCCCACCCCCGUGGACACCACCCAGGUCGUUCUUCCGCCUCACCUGGACAACGUCCGAGACAAGCUGGCAGAGAACAUCCAUGAGCUGUGGGGGAUGAACAAGAUCGAGCUGGGCUGGACCUACGGCAAGGUCCGUGAUGACAACAAGCGGCAGCACCCCUGCCUUGUGGACUUCACCAAACUGCCUGAGACUGAAAGGAACUACAACCUGCAGAUGUCCAGCGAGACACUCAAGACCCUCUUGGCUCUGGGGUGCCACGUUGCCCAGGUCAAUGUCCACGCUGAAGACGAUCUGAAGAAAGUCAAACUGCCCAAAGACUACGUGAUGACCAACGGAUACAAGCCGACGCCUCUGGAGCUGUCUGAGGUGAAGCUGAACGCGGGUCAGGAGCUUCUGGUGGACAAACUGGCGGAGAACGCCCACAACGUGUGGGCCAAGGACCGCAUCAAACAAGGAUGGACCUACGGCAUCCAGCAGGAUCUGAAGAACAGACGCAAUCCACGCCUGGUGCCGUAUGCUCUGCUGGACGAGCGCACCAAGAAGUCCAACCGGGACUCCCUGAGAGAGGCCAUCAGGACCCUGGUGGGGUACGGGUACAACAUCGACCCCCCGGACCAGGAGGCCCUGCACGUGAACGACGACCAGAGCGUGGAUACCAUCCGCUUCUUCCGUGUGGAGCAGACGUACGCCGUGACCACGGGGAAGUGGUACUUUGAGUUCGAGGCGCUGAGCGGCGGGGACAUGCGCGUGGGUUGGGCCCGGCCGGGCUGCCGGCCAGACAUGGAGCUGGGCGUGGACGACCAGGCCUUCGUGUUCGACGGAUACAGGGGCCGGCGCAUGCACGUGGGCAGCCGCUACUUCGGCCGCGCGUGGAGCAAGGGCGACGUGGUGGGCUGCAUGAUCAACAUGGAGGACAAGUCCAUGAUCUUCACCCUCAACGGAGAGCUGCUCAUCACCGGCAAGGGCUCGGAGCUCUGCUUCUGCGACUUCGAGACGGAGGACGGCUUCAUCCCCGUGUGCAGUCUGGGCAUGUCCCAGAUCGGCCGCAUGAACCUGGGCAAGGAUGCCAGCACCUUCAAGUACUACACCAUGUGUGGCCUCCAGGAGGGAUUUGAACCCUUCGCCGUCAACAUGAACCGCAACGUCACCAUGUGGUUCAGCAAGCGCCUGCCCACCUUCGUCAACGUGCCCAAGGAUCACACGCACAUCGAGGUCACGAGGAUCGACGGCACGGUGGACAACCCCCCGUGCCUGAAGGUGACCCACAAGACGCUGGGCACCCAGAACAGCAACAACGACAUGGUGUUCUGCAGACUCAGCAUGCCCGUGGAGUUCCACGCCGCCCCCUCCGAGGAGUCGUCCAAGCUGAGUCAGCCUCCCAAGGAAGACGGCAACGUGGACUACGGGAGCAUCACCACGUACCACCACACGGUCAGGGUGUUCGGAGGGCAGGACCCCGCGUCCAUCUGGGUGGGCUGGGUGACCCCCGACUACCAUUACCACAGCAAGAACUUCAGCCUGAGCAAGACGCGCACGGUCACCGUAACCCUGGGCGACGAGCGGGGCCGCGUCCACGAGAGCAUCCAGAGGAGCAACUGCUACAUGGUGUGGGGGGCGGACGCGGCGGGCUCCUCGGCGGCGGGCCGGGCCAGCAGCGACCUGGAGGUGGGCUGCCUCAUCGACCUGGCCAGCGGCUUCGUCUCCUUCACGGCCAACGGCAAGGAGCUGCCCACCGUCUUCCAGGUGGAGCCCAACACCAAGCUGUUCCCGGCGGUCUUCGUGCGACCCACCAGCGCCAACCUCUUCCAGUUUGAGUUUGACAAGAUUAAGGACGCCAUGCCCUUGUCGUCGGCCAUGUUCAAGAGCGAGCUGCGCAACCCGGUGCCCCAGUGCCCGCUGCGGCUGGACGUGCAGUCCAUCGUGGCGGUGCUGUGGAGCCGCAUGCCCAACAUCUUCCUGACGGUGGAGACGGCGCGCGUCAGCGAGCGCCACGGCUGGGUGGUGCAGUGCCUGGAGCCCCUGCAGAUGAUGGCCGUGCACAUCCCCGAGGAGAACAGGUGCAUGGACAUCUUGGAGCUGUCUGAGAACGAGGAGCUGAGGAAGUUCCACUACCACACGCUGAAGCUGUACUGCGCCCUCUGCGCCCUGGGCAACACCCGCGUGGCCCACGCCCUCUGCAGCCACCUGGACCAAUCGCAGAUCCUCUACACCAUCGACAACCAAUACCUCUCCGGCAUGCUGAGGGAGGGCUUCUACAACUUCCUCAUUAGCACCCACCUGGAGACGGCCAAGGAGGCGCGGCUGAUGAUGAACAACGAGUUCAUCAUCCCGGUGACGGACGAGACGCGCUCCAUCAAGCUGUUCCCCGACGAGUCCAAGCGCCACUCCCUGCCCGGCGUGGGCCUCAGCACCUGCCUCAAGCCCCGGGUGCACUUCGACCCCGUGGGCAUCAUCAGCACCAAGCCCCGGCAGCAGCUGCUGCACAGCCCCCAGAUCCCGCUGGGCACGCUGAAGGAGAAGGCCAUCAGCAUGCUGACGGAGGCCGUGCAGGGCGGCGGCACGCACAUCCGCGACCCGGUGGGCGGCAGCGUGGAGUACCAGUUCGUGCCCAUCCUCAAGCUGAUCGGCACCCUGCUGGUCAUGGGCGCCCUGACCAGCGACGAGGUGCGCGUCAUCCUGCUGAUGGUGGACCCCAACGUGUUCGGGGAGCAGCCGGAGGCGGCGGGCGGGGAGGGGGGCGAGGCCCCGGCGGGGGCCGUGGCGGCCGGCGCGGAGAAGGAGGAGGCCAGCAGCAACGAGGAGAAGGCGGUGGAGGCGGGCGAGGAGGAGGGCAAGGAGGGGAAGACGCUGAUGAAGGGCCUGCUGGGGAAGACGCUGCCUGAGCCCGUCAAGCGGCAGAUGUGUGAGCUGCUGCACUACUUCUGCGACUGCGAGCUGAAGCACCGCAUCGAGGCCAUCGUCUCCUUCUCCGACAGCUUCGUCUCCAAGCUGCAGUACAACCAGAAGUUCCGCUACAACGAGCUGAUGCUGGCGUUCAACAUGUCCGCCGCCAUCACUGCCAAGAAGACCAGGGAGUUCCGCUCGCCCCCGCACGAACAGAUCAACAUGCUGUUGAACUUCAGUGCGGGGGAGGACUGCCCCUGUCCCGAAGACAUCCAGGGGGAGCUCAAUCUGUUCCACAACGAGCUGCGGCUGCAUUGUGGGAUCCCCGUGGAGGAGGAGGAGGCCGAGAAGGACAUGUCCAUCAAGGGCCGGCUCCUGGCAAUGGUCUACAAGAUCAAGGGCCAGCCGCAGAAGACGGAGGAGGAGCCCACCGAGACGGAGCUCCCCCCCCCUACCAACCUGAAGGAGCUCAUCUCCCAGACCAUCACCAGCUGGGCCCAGGAGUGCCACAUCCAGGACCCCGAGCUGGUGCGCGUCAUGUUCAGCCUGCUGCGGCGGCAGUACGACGGCAUCGGCGAGCUGCUGCGCGCCAUGCGCAAGAGCUACACCAUCAGCGCCGCCUCGGUGCAGGACGCCAUCAACCUGCUGGCCUCGCUGGGCCAGAUCCGCUCGCUGCUGUCGGUGCGCAUGGGCAAGGAGGAGGAGAGGCUGAUGAUCGACGGGCUGGGUGACAUCAUGAACAACAAGGUGUUCUACCAGCACCCUAACCUGAUGCGGGUGCUGGGCAUGCACGAGACGGUCAUGGAGGUCAUGGUCAACGUGCUGGGAGGGGACAAGUCUCAGGAGAUUGCCUUCCCCAAGAUGGUGGCUAGCUGCUGUCGCUUCCUGUGCUACUUCUGCCGCAUCAGCCGUCAGAACCAGAAGGCCAUGUUCGACCACUUGAGCUACCUGCUGGAGAACAGCAGCGUGGGGCUGGCCUCGGAGGCCAUGAGGGGCUCCACCCCCCUGGACGUGGCGGCCUCCUCCGUGAUGGACAACAACGGGCUGGCCCUGGCGCUGGAGGAGCCCGACCUGGAGAAGGUGGUGAUGUACCUGGCAGGCUGUGGUCUUCAGAGUUGCGCCAUGCUUGUUGCCAAGGGUUACCCAGACCUGGGCUGGAACCCCAUCGAGGGGGAGCGCUACCUGUCCUUCCUGCGCUUCGCCGUCUUCAGCAACGGCGAGAGCGUGGAGGAGAACUCCAACGUGGUGGUGAAGCUGCUGAUCCGCCGGCCCGAGUGCUUCGGGCCCGCCCUGAGGGGCGAGGGGGGCCAGGGUCUGCUGGCCGCCAUGCAGGAGGCCAUCGCCAUCUCCGAGGACCCCGCCCUGGACCUGCCCAGCGGCGAGGCCGCGGACGUCCCGGCUGGGCCUGGAGAGGAGGAAGGCGAGGUCAUCCACAUGGGCAACGCCAUCAUGUCCUUCUACUCUGCGCUGAUCGACCUGCUGGGACGCUGCGCCCCGGAGCAGCAUCUCAUCAACAAGGGGAAGGGGGAGGCCCUGCGCAUCCGCGCCAUCCUGCGCUCCCUGGUCCCCACCAGCGACCUGGUGGGCAUCAUCAGCAUCCCCCUCAAGAUGCCCAUCGUCAACAAAGACGGCUCGGUGACGGAGCCCGACAUGGCGGCCAGCUUCUGCCCGGACCACAAGGCCCCCAUGGUGCUCUUUCUGGACCGUGUGUACGGCAUCGAGGACCAGAGCUUCCUGCUCAGAAUGCUGGAGGUGGGCUUCCUGCCAGACCUCCGUGCCUCCGCCUCCCUCGACACGGAAGUGCUGAGCACCACGGAGACGGCCCUGGCCAUGAACCGCUACAUCGGCUCGGCGCUGCUGCCCCUGCUGACGCGCUGUGCCGCGCUCUUCGCCAGCACGGAGCACCACGCGGCCCUCAUCGACUCCACCCUGCAGACCAUCUACCGCCUGUCCAAGGGCCGCUCGCUCACCAAGGCCCAGCGGGACUCCAUCGAGGAGUGCCUGCUGGCCAUCUGCACGAACCUGCGGCCCUCCAUGAUGCAGCAGCUCCUCCGACGGCUGGUGUUUGACGUGCCCAUGCUCACCGAGUACGCCAUGAUGGCCCUGAGGCUGCUGACCAACCACUACGACCGGAACUGGAAGUACUACUGCCUGCCCUCUGGCCUGGCCGGCUUCGGCAUCGCCUCUGAGGAGGAGCUGCUGCUCACCAAGAAGCUCUUCUGGGGCACCUUCGACUCCCUCUCCAAGAGGAAGUACGACGCUGAGCUGUUCAAGAUGGCCAUGCCUUGCCUGUGUGCGUUGGCCGGGGCCAUGCCUCCAGACUUCGUGGACACCAGCCCCGGCACGCUGGAGAAGCAGGCCUCGGUGGACACCCAGGGCAACUUUGACCCCAGGCCUGUCAACACUGCCAACAUCUCCCUUCCGGAAAAACUUGAUUACAUUGCAAACAAAUACGCAGAGCAUUCCCAUGACAAAUGGUGCUCAGAAAAGGUGUCGGCGGGCUGGACACUGGGCGACAGCGUGGACGAACAGGCCAAAGCUCACCCACUGUUGAAGCCCUACAAGUCUCUGAGUGAGAAGGAGAGAGAGACGUACCGCUGGCCGGUGAAGGAGUCCCUGAAGAGCAUGCUGGCCCUGGGCUGGAGCAUCCAGAGGACCAAGGAGGGGGAGGCCCUGUUCCAGCAGCGCGAGAGCGAGAAGCUCAAGAAGAGCGCCGAGGCUGAUGGAUUUAGCCCCGUGCCGGCAGAACUGCACAACGUUGCGUUGUCCAGAGAGCUACAGGGCAUGGUGGAGUUGGUGGCAGAAAACUACCACAACAUCUGGGCCAAGAAGAAGAAGAUUGAUCUGAACAGCAAAGGAGGCGGGAGCCACGCUCUGCUGGUCCCCUACGACACGCUGACGGCCAAGGAGAAGCACCGCGACCGGGAGAAGGCCCAGGAGCUGUUCAAGUACCUGCAGAUCAGCGGCUACGCCGUCAGCAGAGGUCAGAAGGAAAUCGCAGAGGACUCCUCCUCCAUGGAGAAAAGGUUCUGCUACAAGUUCCUCAAGAGGAUGCUACAGUACGUGGACUCUGCACAGGAGUUCAUCGCCCACCUGGAGGCCAUGGCAACCAGCGGCAAGACGGACCGAUCCCCCCACGACCAGGAAAUCAAGUUCUUUGCCAAGGUUCUGCUGCCCCUGCUGGACCAGACCUUUAAGAACCACUGCCUCUACUUCCUGUCCACGCCCAGCAAGAACCUGAGCAGCUGUGGCUACGCCUCCAACAAGGAGAAGGAGAUGGUCACAAGCCUGUUCUGUAAGCUUGCAGCUCUUGUCAGACACAGGAUCUCUCUCUUUGGCAGCGAUGCAGCCAUGAUGGUCAGCUGCCUGGACAUCCUGGCUCACUCCAUCGACACCAGAACGGUGAUGAAGUGUGGCUCUGAGCUGGUGAAGGCGGGCGUGAGGGCUUUCUUCGAGAACGCCUCGGAGGACCUGGAGAAGCUGCAGGAGAUGCUGAAGCUGGGCAAGUUCACGCAGUCGCGCGCCCAGAUGAAGAGCGUGACGCAGAGCAUCAACUACGUGACGGUGGCCCUGCUGCCCAUCCUCACCGCCCUCUUCGAGCACGUCAAGACCCACGACUUCGGGGUGGAGCUGCUGGUGGAUGACGUGCAGCUGUCCUGCUACCGUAUCCUGACCUGUCUGUACUCGCUGGGCACCGCCAAGAACAUCUACGUGGAGAAGCACCUGCCGGCUCUGGGAGAGUGCCUGGCCAUCCUGGUGGCAGCCAUGCCCGUGGCCUUCCUGGAGCCCCAGCUCAACGCCCAUAACCCGCUGUCGGUCUUCAACACCAAGACCCCGCGGGAGAGGGCCAUUCUGAGCAUGCCUGACACGGUGGAGGAGAUGUGUCCUGAGUUGCCUCGCAUCGACGGGCUGCUGAAGAGCAUCCACGACCUGUCGGAGACUGGCGCCCGCUACACCGAGAUGCCCCACGUGAUCGAGGUGAUCCUGCCCAUGCUGUGUAACUACCUGUCCUCCUGGUGGGAGAUGGGGCCGGACAACAUGGAGCCGGAGGCGGAGUGCUGCACCACGCUGACCUCGGAGCACCUCAGCAUCAUCCUGGGCAACAUCCUCAAGAUCCUCAACAACAACUUGGGCAUCGACGACGCCCCCUGGAUGAAGAGGAUCGCUGUCUACUCUCAGCCCAUCAUCUGCAAGGCAGCAGCCGGCCUGUUGAGGACCCACUUCCUGCCUACGCUCGCUAAACUCAAGAAGAAGACCGUCAAGGUGGUCUCUGAUGAGGAGCUGCUCAAGGCCGACGCGGGUAAAGGGGACACCCAGGAGGCUGAGCUGCAGAUCCUGGAUGAGUUUGCCGUGCUCUGCAGGGACCUGUACUCCUUCUACCCCAUGCUCAUCCGCUACGUGGACAACAACAGGUCCAGGUGGCUGAAGGAUCCCAACGCAGACUCCACAGAGCUCUUCAGGAUGGUGGCUGAGAUCUUCAUCCUCUGGUGCAAGUCCAGUAACUUUAAGAGGGAGGAGCAGAACUUUGUGGUCCAGAAUGAGAUCAACAACCUGGGCUUCCUCACUGGGGAAGGCAAAACCAACAUGUCCAAGUCGGGCGGCGACCAGGAGAGGAAGCACAAGCGGCGGCGUGGCGAGUACUACACCAUCCAGACGUCGCUGAUCGUGGCGGCGCUGAAGAAGCUGCUGCCCAUCGGCCUCAACAUGUGCACCCCUGGGGACCAGGAGCUCAUCUCCCUGGCCAAGAUACGCUACCUCCUGAAAGACACAGACGAUGAAGUGAAGGACCACCUGCGGCAGAACCUCCAUCUCCAGGACAAGUCCGAGGACCCGGCGGUGCAGUGGCAGAUCAACCUGUACCGCAACGUGGUGGCCAAGAGCGAGGAGCCCGCCGACCCCGAGCACACCGUGAACCGCGUCCAGAGCAUCUCCGCCGCCGUCUUCUACCUGGAGCAGGUGGAGCAGCCGCUGAGGAACAAGAAGCUGGUGUACCAGAAGCUGCUGUCCAAGCAGCGUAAGCGGGCGGUGGUGGCCUGCUUCCGCAUGGCCCCCCUCUACAACCUACCCAGGCAUCGCUCUAUCAACCUCUUCAUUCCCGGCUAUCAGAGGCUAUGGAUAGAGGCAGAGGAGAACUCCUUUGAGGAGAAGCUAGUGCAGGACCUGGCCAAAACGCCCAUGAAGAUUGUGGAGGAGGAGGAAGAGGAGGAGGCGGAGAGCAAGCCCGACCCCCUCCACCAACUCAUCCUCCACUUCAGCCACAACGCGCUCACAGAAAGAAGUUCCUUGGAAGAAGAUCCGUUGUAUAUUGCUUACGCGGACAUGAUGGCGAAGAGUUGUGCUGAGGAUGAGGAAGAAGAAGAGGAUGAGGAGAAAGAGAAGACAUUUGAGGAGAAGGAGAUGGAGAAGCAGAAGAUCCUGUACCAGCAGGCCCGGCUGCAUGCACGGGGGGCCGCAGAGAUGGUGCUGCAGAUGAUCAGCGCCAGUAAAGGUCGUCUCGGCCCCAUGGUGACCUGCACCCUUAAGCUGGGCAUCUCCGUCCUCAACGGAGGCAACGUGCAAGUUCAGCAGAAAAUGCUUGAUUACCUGAAAGAGAAAAGGGACGCAGGCUUUUUCAAAAGUCUGUCCGGACUCAUGCAGUCAUGCAGUGUCCUGGAUUUGAAUGCAUUUGAAAGGCAGAACAAGGCAGAAGGACUGGGUAUGGCGUCAGAGGAAGGAACGGUCAGCACCAAGCGGGGAUCGAAAGUGCUACAGAACGACGAGUUCACAAAGGAUCUGUUCCGCUUUUUGCAGCUCAUGUGUGAGGGGCACAAUGGAGAUUUCCAGAAUUUCCUAAGGACCCAGACGGGGAACACAACAACAGUCAACAUCAUUAUCAGCACGGUGGACUACCUGCUCCGCCUGCAGGAAUCCAUCAGUGACUUCUACUGGUACUACUCUGGGAAGGACGUCAUCGACGAGCCUGGGCAGGUCAACUUCUCCAAGGCCCUGGCCGUGGCCAAGCAGAUCUUCAACUCCUUGACUGAAUACAUUCAGGGUCCCUGUAUCGGGAACCAGCAGAGUCUGGCCCACAGCAGGCUCUGGGAUGCGGUGGUGGGCUUCUUGCAUGUCUUUGCCAACAUGCAGAUGAAGCUGUCGCAAGACUCCAGUCAGAUUGAGCUGUUGAAGGAGCUGAUGGAUUUGCAGAAGGACAUGAUUGUAAUGAUGCUGUCUCUGCUGGAAGGUAACGUGGUGAACGGCACCAUCGGCAAGCAGAUGGUGGACACGCUGGUGGAGUCCUCGAACAACGUGGAGAUGAUCCUCAAGUUCUUCGACAUGUUCCUCAAGCUCAAGGACCUGACCACCUCGGACAGCUUCAAGGAGUACGACCCCGACCGCAAGGGCAUCAUCUCCAAGAAGGAGUUCCAGAAGUCCAUGGAGAGCCAGAAGCAGUACACGCAGUCGGAGAUCGAGUUCCUGCUGUCCUGCGCCGAGGCCGACGAGAACGACAUGUUCAACUACGAGGAGUUUGUGGAGCGCUUCCACGAGCCCGCCAAGGACAUCGGCUUCAACGUGGCCGUGCUGCUCACCAACCUGUCGGAGCACAUGCCGCACGACUCGCGGCUGGACGUCUUCAUGGAGCUGGCGGAGAGCAUGCUCAGCUACUUCGAGCCCUUCCUGGGGCGCAUCGAGAUCAUGGGCAGCGCCAAGCGCAUCGAGCGCGUGUACUUUGAGAUCAGCGAGUCGAGCCGCGAGCAGUGGGAGAAGCCCCAGGUGAAGGAGUCCAAGCGCGACUUCAUCUUCGACGUGGUCAACGAGGGCACGGAGAGUGAGAAGAUGGAGAUGUUUGUCAACUUCUGCGAGGACACCAUCUUUGAGAUGCAGCUGGCCUCGCAGAUCUCGGAGCCCGACGUGCUGGAGCGGCCCGAGGAGGAGGAGGAGGACGACGACGCCCACAGCGUGAUGGACGAGGAGGAGGGCGAGCAGGAGCCCGUGUCGGCCUUCACCACCGCCUGCCGCGCGCUCAAGAAGAACGUGGCGGGCGCCUUCCAGGCCGUGUCCCUGCGCAGCAUGCGCAAGCGCUUCAAGAAGGUGAAGAAGCUGACGCUCAAGGAGAUGAUCGGCGGCUUCUUCUCCUUCUUCUGGAUGCUCUUCACAGGCUUCUUCAAGGGCAUCCACAGCCUGGUCUUCGGCUUCUUCCACCUCAUCUGGGCCUCCAUGUUCGGCGGGGGCCUGGUGGAGGGCGCCAAGAACAUCAAGGUGACGGACAUCCUGGGCAACAUGCCCGACCCCACCCAGUUCGGUAUCCACGGCGACGCAAUGGAGGGGGACAAGGCGGAGACGGGCGAGACCUCGGCGGGCAUAGACAUGACGGUGGCGGCGCCGGUGGACAAGUCGGAGGUGGACAUGAUGAUGGAGAUGCUGAACCCGCCGCCGAAGAAGGAAGGGGGGAAGCACAUAGAGCUGGGGCUGGGCGACGUGGCUGAGAUCGCACCGGAGAACACCGAGAAAAAGCUGUCCUCUGUCGCCGUCAGAACCACCGAGAAGCCAGACGCCGAAUCGGAGAAGGCGGACACGGAGAACCAGGAGAAGGAGGACAAGCCAAAGGAGGAGGCCAAGGAGCCGGCGGCCGAGGAGAAGCCCAGUGCCACCCCGGGACCCCCCAAGGAGGAGUCGGCCUCCUUCAUGUCCUGUGUCUUCGCCGUGCUGCAGGUGUAUCUGACCAAGAUGCUGAACUACCUGGCCCGAAACUUCUACAACCUCCGCUUCCUGGCGCUGUUCGUGUGCUUCGCCAUCAACUUCAUUCUCCUGUUCUACAAGGUGACCCCGGAGGUGGCGGAGGCCGACGAGGACGGGGACCCCUGGAUGGGAAGCAGCAACAGCGAGGACGAGGACGACGAGAACACCCUGUUUGACAUGGACGAGUUCGUCCUGCAGGAGACCACGGGCUACAUGGCGCCCACGCUGCGCUUCAUGGCCAUCUUCCACACCCUCAUCUCCCUGCUCUGCCUGGUGGGAUACUACUACCUCAAGGUUCCUCUGGUGGUGUUCAAGAGGGAGAAGGAGAUCGCUCGCAAGCUGGAGUUUGACGGCCUGUACAUCACAGAGCAGCCCUCGGACGACGACAUUAAGGGCCAGUGGGACCGGCUGGUCAUCAACACCUCAUCCUUCCCCAAUAACUACUGGGACAAGUUCAUCAAGCGCAAGGUGAUCAACAAGUACGGAGACAUGUACGGAGCGGAGCGCAUCGCCGAGCUGCUGGGCCUGGACAAGAGCGUGCUGGACUUCGACCCCACCAUCGAGACGGUGGAGAAGGAGGCCUCCCUGGUGUCCUGGCUGAGCUCCAUCGAUACCAAGUACUACAUCUGGAAGAUGGGAGUGGUGUUGACCGACAACUACUUCCUGUAUCUGAUCUGGUACACUGUCAUGUCCAUCUUCGGACACUUCAACAACUUCUUCUUCGCGGCCCAUCUGCUGGACAUCGCCAUGGGCUUCAAGACGCUGCGCACCAUCCUGUCCUCCGUCACGCACAACGGCAAGCAGCUGGUGCUGACGGUGGGCCUGCUGGCUGUGAUCGUGUACCUCUACACCGUGGUGGCCUUCAACUUCUUCAGGAAGUUCUACAACAAGAGCGAGGAUGAGGACGAGCCCGACAUGAAGUGUGACGACAUGAUGACCUGUUACUUGUUCCACUUGUACGCGGGUGUGAGAGCCGGCGGCGGCAUCGGUGACGAGCUGGAGGACCCGGCCGGUGACCCCUACGAACUCUACCGUGUGCUCUUCGACAUCACCUUCUUCUUCUUCAUCAUCGUCAUCCUGCUGGCCAUCAUCCAGGGUCUGAUCAUCGACGCCUUCGGCGAGCUGAGAGACCAGCAGGAGCAGGUGAAAGAAGACAUGGAGACAAAAUGCUUCAUCUGCUGCAUCGGCAACGACUACUUUGACCGCGUACCUCAUGGGUUCGAGACCCACACUUUACAAGAACACAACCUCGCCAACUACCUGUUUUUCCUGAUGUACCUGAUUAACAAGGACGAGACUGAACACACAGGCCAGGAGUCCUUUGUGUGGAAGAUGUACCAGGAGAGAUGCUGGGACUUCUACCCCGCUGGAGAUUGCUUCCGCAAGCAAUAUGAGGACCUGCUGGGUUAGAUGAGGACGGCGGUCCACGUUUAGCAUCACAGCCCUUCUGAGGGGGGGCCGUGGGCUGGACACUAUGCUGCCGCGGUGGAGAGCAGCGCAAAAGUCUAAUCAUUUCGUUUUUUACUUUUUUUUUUAAGAAAUGGUCACCCCCAAAGAAUAGAGAACAACCAUUUGAAUGUCGAGGAUAAUGGUCGGACAUUGCGUGCGUAACCCCCCCCCCCCCCUCAACAAAAUCCACCGCUAUUUAACACGACUUGUAUUUUUGCAAAACGGUUAGCCUCAUCACUCGCUUUACCCCGAGCUGUUCUGCUGCGUGGAUGCGGAGUCAACGGUGCGACGACUUGAAUGUGUGAAUAUGCAGAAUAUAACAUUACUGUAACGUAUUACCAAACAACAAUGGGGAAUGUGUGACGAUUGUUUAACACAUUCAUCUAAAAACGUACAGGAUGAGUACGUUUGACUUGUAACGCCUGAGAGAAGAAAUAAGAGAAAUAGGUGACGUUUCUUCCAGGGUCCGAGAUGGCUCACCUGUUUUUGCCAAUGUGCCUUGAGGAAAAACAAAGCAACUAUGCAAAACCCAUUUUUGUCCCUCCUCACACACUGUAGCGCUCUAGUUCUGAAUAUGUUCAGGUUAAGUUAGUUUUGUGGCAUUGAAGAUAUAAAAUUUUAAAAAAUAACUACUAUUGUAUCAAACGUAGCUCUUUGUUUAAGUGUUGCCUACCGGUAGUUUGGUAUUCUUGAAGCUGUGGCGUCAUGUCUGCCUCGCCCUCCUUUCUACAGAAACCCACAAAAAGAGGCCACUUGGUUUAAGGAUUUAUUGAAACAAACAUGGUUUCCUGCUUGAAUGGCCACUUGUAGUCGCUUUCGUAAGAGCAAUUUCUUUUGACAACACGGAGGACAUUAAUAAAGUAACCAAUGCAAUAAA